GAUCUCAGUGUGCGUGAGAGGCUCUCGUGGAGGUCGCUUCUAUAGUACGAACAACAUAAGAAAUAUGGCGUCCAAUUUGUCGAUAAAAGAUUUUUACAGAGGCAAAAAUAUUCUUGUGACGGGUGGAACUGGUUUUAUGGGUAAAGUUCUCUUGGAAAAACUUCUAUAUAGCGUCCCUGAUGUUGGUAAUAUUUACGUCUUGAUGAGACCUAAAAAGGGAAAGUCGAUUCAGCAGAGAUAUGAAGAUAUGCAACGUUCGCCGUUAUUCGAUCGUUUGAGAAACGAGAAACCGUCUACUUUGAAAAAAAUUAUACCAAUCCAAGGAGACGUCUUAUUCGAUAACUUUGGACUAUCUGAUAAAGAAAUAGAUAAUUUUGCCGAAGAAAUAUCCAUUGUAUUCCAUUUUGCUGCCACCUUAAGGUUGGAAGCGCCACUUAAAGAUAAUGUUAAUAUGAAUACAUGUGGUACCCAAAGAGCACUCAAUGUAGCGAAGAAGUUUAAGAAAUUAGUACUAUUUGUUCAUUUGUCAACGGCCUUCUGUUAUCCAGAUUACGCUGUUUUAGAAGAGAAGAUGCAUGCGCCACCAGUAAAUCCAGCAGAGGUAAUGCAUUUAAUAGAAUGGUUGGACGAGAAACAGAUUGAACUGCUCACACCCUCCCUUCUCGGCCCCCAUCCUAACUGUUAUACUUUUUCAAAAAGAUUAGCUGAAAGUGUCGUCGAAAGCGAAUUUAGUAAUUUACCCACAGUUAUAGUUCGGCCUAGUAUUGUAUGCCCGUCAUAUAAAGAGCCAAUGCCCGGUUGGGUAGACAGUCUUAACGGCCCAGUAGGGCUUAUGCUUGGAGCGGGUAAAGGCGUCAUUCGCACAAUGUUGUGCGAUGGUACUCUUAUAGCGCAAGUAGUACCUGUAGAUACAGCUAUCAACGCACUCAUCGCAAUUGGUAUGAUUGAAGGAUCGAAAACAGAAAAACCCGAAGUGAUACCUAUAUACAACGUGAACAUUGGCCACCAAAAGCCAACGUCUUGGGGAGAUGUCCUCGUAGUAGCUAAGGACUAUGCAAGAAAGUACCCACUUGCUUGGCCACUUUGGUAUCCUAACGGUGACAUAACAACUAAUUAUUUGGCACAUGAAUAUAGAAGAAUCUUUUACCAUAUGGUGCCUGCAUAUUUCAUUGAUUUCAUUCUUUUCUUAUUGGGACAAAGACCCUUUAUGGUGAGAAUCCAAAACCGAAUCAAUCAAGGUCUGGAAGUGUUGCAAUACUUCACAAUGAGGCCAUGGAACUUUCCUUGUCCUAACUACGACUCCAUUCAUUUAAAACUAAACGAAGAAGAUAAAAUAACAUUUAAUACAGACCUCACGAGCGCUGAUCGUGAUGAUUACAUGAUGAAAUGUGUCGAGGGCGGUAGAAUUUACUGCCUUAAAGAGGAUCCUGCUAAAAUUUCCAUUAACAAAUCGUAUCAUAACUUCUUGUACGUCUUGGACUGGAUAGUCAAGAUAUUUAUAUGGCUGCUUAUUUUCUCUUUGCUGGCAUAUUUAUUCGAUCCAGUUAAAACUAUUUUUAGCUAUGGAGGAUCGUUUGUGAAGUAUCUACCCAUUUUAGGAAGCACUGUCUUCGACGAAGAAAAUUAAUUUUUUUAACCUAAUUAGUUACAGGUUUUAGGAGAUAAUCUUAAAAGAUGAGCUAUUAAAGAAUCUUUAGAAUUAGACGUCUCCUGCAUAAAGUUUGAACUUAGUUUUUUUAUCAAUUGAUUUUGUGCUAUUGGAGGUAUAUUAGAUCAUACUGCAUAUUCUUCAAAUGAAAAUACCAAUAUUAAUAAUAAAUACAAAGUUCAGAUAUUAUUCGUAA